AUGUUACUGCUGGUGUUGGACGCACCACCAGGCACCCAAGCAGCAACAUUGGAUGUUGACGCUGCCUUCCGUCGAGUGCCUAUACACCCUUCGCAACAGUGGUUCUUCGUUGUCUCUUGGAGAGACCUGUGCUAUAUUGACCACUGUGCUCCUUUUGGACCCUCGAGCUCCCCUGGAAUAUUCGGACAAAUCGCUGAUGCUAUGCCCGCACUCCUCACUUCAAAUCACAUUGGCCCCCUCAAAAAAUGGAACCACUGGGUUGGCCCUGGAAGCUUUCUAAGACAUUUCCCCUUCAAUUCAACCUUCAAAUAUGUCGGAUUCCGCUGGGAUUUGAAUGCUAAGACUGUCGAAAUACCCGACACCAAGAAAACUCGCUACCUGACCAAACUUGAAGUUUGGGUCAGAGGCUCAAAAUUCAACAGGAAGGAAGCUGAAUCCGUCCAUGGGACCCUAGUGCACUGUGCCAUGGCUAUACGAGACGGUCGUUCACGUCUGCCGGCCAUCUUGGCCUUCGCCGCAUCCUUCUCGCACACCUCUUCGAACUUCUCCAAACGUUCGCCAAACGCAACUGUUCUAAGCGAUAUCAACUGGUGGCGACAACAGCUUAACCUCCCAUUCUGUGGCUCCAUAUUGAUUCGCCCUCCCCUUGUCUCUUCGAUACCCUUUUGGGUUGACACUUCCACAUCAUGGGGAAUCGGUGUUGUCUUCGACACUGUCUGGGCAUCUUGGCGUUUCCAAGCGGGCUGGGAGGCGGAUGGACGUAAGAUAGGAUGGGUGCAAAUGCUCGCCGUCGAGUUUGGCCUUCUUCUUGCUAUUCGGAGAGGUCACGAGAACAUCCAUUUUCACAUUCUGUCUGACAAUCAAGGUGUUCUCGGAGCAGUCGACUCAGGAAAAUCUCGAAACCCGGAACAGAACCGUGUUCUCAGGAGAAUUGUCGCUCUGCUCCGAACACACACACUCUGGAUUACCACCUCCUAUACACCAUCUGCAGACAAUCUCGCCGACGGACCUUCGCGCGGUAUACCAUUGUCGAUUCCUGGUUUUUCACGUUCCUUUGCCCCUUUCAAGAUACCCUACUAUGUUUCAAACCUUAUUGUAGACAGCCCUUGA